CAAGCCAUGCUCAAGUUCACCACUGAGAUCCCUCCCUCCUCCAUCACCCGCCAGAAGGUCAUCGGUGCCGGUGAAUUUGGAGAGGUCUACAAGGGCACCCUGAAGCGCGGCAAGAAGGAGGUGCCGGUGGCCAUCAAGACCUUGAAGGUGGGCUACACGGAGAAGCAACGGGUGGACUUCUUGAGCGAAGCCGCCAUCAUGGGCCAGUUCUGCCACCACAACAUCAUCCGCCUGGAAGGGGUCGUCUCCAAAUGCAAACCCUUCAUGAUCAUCACAGAGUACAUGGAGAACGGCGCGUUGGAUAAGUUCCUGCGGGAAAAAGAGGGGGAAUUUGGUGUCAUCCAGCUGGUGGGGAUGUUGAGGGGCAUCGCCGCCGGCAUGAAAUACUUGGCCAACAUGAAGGUGUUGGAAGACGACCCUGAAGCCACCUACACCACCAGUGGCGGGAAGAUCCCCAUCCGCUGGACAGCCCCCGAAGCCAUCUCCUACCGCAAGUUCACCUCGGCCAGCGACGUCUGGAGCUACGGCAUCGUCAUGUGGGAGGUGAUGUCCUACGGCGAGCGCCCCUAUUGGGACCUCUCCAACCACGAGAUCCGCGCCCCCGAGGCGCUGCGCGCCCUGGCCGACUUCGACCCGCGGGUCUCCAUCCGGCUGCCCAGCACCAGCGGCCCCCCCGGCGUCCCCCCCUUCGGCUCCGUCCCCGAGUGGCUGGAGUCCAUCCGCAUGCCCCAGUACACGCAGCACUUCAUGGCCUCGGGCUACAGCACCAUCGAGAAGGUCCUGCAGAUGACCAGCGAGGACAUCCAGAAGAUCGGUGUCCGGCUCCCGGGCCACCAGAAGCGCAUCGCCUACAGCCUGCUGGGGCUGCAGGAGCAGCUCAGCGCCGGGGGGGGCCCCGCCUGA